GAAGUGAUGACUAUAAUUCAAAUAAAGAUUUUUAUAUGAAAUUAAAUAAGAAGUGUUAUGAGGGUAAUAAUGAGAUUAAAAAUUUUACCAAAGCAAAGGAAGAAUAUGAAAAAAAACAAAAGGAAUUGCAACAAGAAAAUGAAAUUAAAGUUUUAAAAUUACAAAAGUUUGAAAAUGUAAGUCUUGGAAGUAGUAAUACAGUUAUCAUCACAGUUCCUGAUUGUGGUAUUGAUAUUCAAGGAAAUUUCAAAAAUAUUUCUUUUAUAAUGCAAUUAAAAUAUACAAUUAAUCCUGAAGAUUAUCCUGUAAAACCAGAUAAAGUACGUGAGUUUCGUGGAGUGUAUUUUGAUCGAGUAAAUGCAUUAUAUGGUAUGAAUUAUAAUGGAACAAAUUUUGUAGGGAUUUUUUUAACAAAUGGUAGAUAUACAGAAGCUGCUUUUGCUGAAGUUAAAAAUUAUGAGAAUAAGAUUUUUCUUUGUGUUGAAAAACAAGUAGUUACAAUCAAGGAUAGUAAUAGAUAUUCACCUUAUAAGAGAAUUAAUAAUGAUACAAAUAAUGAUAUAAUUGAUUAA